AUUUCAGUUGUUGUGGGCACAGUUGAAUUAGUUUAAGGCUGUUUAGCAUUCAGUCACAUCACAAAGAGACAGCACAGCUGAUAAGUUUGAACAGCUGAAGCCAACAUGCAUCUGCUUGAGAAAAGAAAAGUUUUUACCCUCUUCCUCUGGUAUCUCAAGUGUAUCAGCACAGCCGGCGUCAAGAAUUCUGUUCAAAGCAAAGCAGUCAUUAUAGGAGAGGAUGCCACAUUGUUUUGUGAUCUGACUGCGACGGAAGAGAAUGUAGGUCGUGUUGUUUGGCGGAGACAGACAAGCGAAAACCACCAACCAGAAACUUUCUUUAUUAUUCACAAAGACGGUCAAACUGAACACCGUGAUGUACGGGAUAAUGUGAGAUUUGUUGGGAAUCUUUUGGAGAAUAAUGGAUCGAUUCAGCUGAUGGGAUUGAAGCUUGUGGAUGAUGGAAUUUACACGUGCAUUUUGACCACAGUUAAUGAGCAACAAGCCCAGAAAAGCAUCAGCGUGACGGUACUUGUUCCUCCUGUGGCGAGUGUGACGGGAAGGACUCAUAUUUCUGGAGCUUUCAGUGUUAAUCUGGCUUCAUGUGUGGCUUCAGGAGCGCGGCCGGCAGCUCGGGUGUUUUGGAAAUUAGGAGCUCUGAAAAACUCGUUGAACACACAAACCAGCUUCACCAAGUACCCAGACGGCUCCUUCACGGUCCAGUCCGACAUAUAUGGUGCGCCAUCCAAACAUUUAGACCAGAGGAAGAUCCAGUGUGUGGUCCAGCACAUCACACUCACAGAGGACCUGGAGUUAGACUACCAGAUCAAUGUCCACUAUCCUCCAGAUCUGGUUGUUAUCCGUCCUGAUGAUUCAGAUAACCCAACAGAGGCUGAAGAAUAUCAUUGUGAAGUGGAGUGUAACCCAACACCAACCUACAUCUGGAACCAAAUGAAUGAAAGUGAGGGAAGAGCUCCUCAUUAUGAAGGCAACAAGCUUUUCCUGCCAAAAUCGUCCUCUGAUUGGAAUGGUGUUUACAUCUGUACAGCAUCAAACCAGUACGGAAGUGCUUCAGGAAGUGUCCUCCAUGUCAAUCACACUGGAUUCAGUGUUUUCUGCUGGAGUUACUUUGCUGUCAUCUUCAUUAUAGUCCUCUGCAUUUCUGUGGUCUUCAAAUGUUCAAGUGGGAGAAGCCUGAAAAUUCCACACCCACCCAGGCCAUCUUUUGAAAAAUGAACACUGGUCAUCUUUUGGGAAUGAACAAUGGCCAUCUUAUGGAAAACUAAUCACUGGCUGAGAGUUUGGCAAAUGUAAGAGUGUAAACAUUGAAACUCUUCACAGUAUGUCCAACAUUCCCUGUUGUAUUCUCUCUUUGCUGAUGAAGAUGUUGUCCGGUUUCUGCUUCCCCCUGUCAUGUUUUCCAUGUGCUUUUCUUUGUACCAUGUAAUUCCUUUGUUCAGAUUUCUCGCUGUUUACAGUAGUAGUGUUUAUUAAUUCCACCUGUGUUUCGCCCCUGUUUGCUAUUAAGUUCAUCAUGUCCUGUGUUUUUAGAGCAUUUUCGGCAAAUGUCAAGUUUCAUAGCAUUGUUCGUUGACAAUGAUUUUUGCUAAAGUGCCCUCUUGUGGUUCUUACUAUGGUCUUUCUGCAGACAAAUUGUGUUCACUUAGUUUUAUAUGAUCAUCAGCUCCCAUCAAAAAAUAUAUAUAUAUAUAACUUAAAGCACAUGCAAUAAAUGCAUCUGCCUGUGUCUUAAAUCAAAAUGCAGUUUAUGUGGCAGAUAACAUCCCCAUAAUAUUAUAUUUACCAUUAUAUUAUUGGUAAAUAUCUUUUUCUGUGGGAACAUAAAUGGUUUGCUUGCGUAUACUUUUUUCUGUAAAAACUACACAUUAAAAAAUAUACCACAAGUCAAAAAGAAACAGCUCAAUCAAAAU